AUGGAUUCUCAGAACUCGUUUACGCCCUCUGAAGGGUUUGUUCAUCUUUUAAGUAGUCAGUUAACCCCUGAUACUUACUCUCCGUGCAUAGACUUAGGAUCAUCAGACGUUCUCUUGUUUAGCACACAAGGAUCUGAUGAUCCUUCUGAUAUUGCAUUGAAGAGAAAAGUCUGGAGUCCGAAGGAAGACUUGCUCCUGAUUAGUGCGUGGCUCAACACCAGCAAGGAUCCAAUAGUUGGCAACGAGCAAAAGGCCGGUGCGUUUUGGAAGAGGAUCCAGGUCUAUCACAACGCAUGCCCAGAGCUUGUAGGUCUGCCAAGAAGAGAAUGGGCGCAGUAUAAGCAACGAUGGGGAAGACUGAAUGACCAUGUCUGUAAAUUUGUGGGUUCUUACGCAGCUGCACAGAAGGAAAGAAGUAGCGGUCAGAAUGACAACGAUGUGAUGAAGCUUGCGCAUGAAAUUUUUUUCAAUGACUAUGGCAUUAAGUUUGCACUCGAACACGCCUGGAGAGAGUUGAGGUUCGAUCAGAAAUGGUGCACGACCAGCUCAACAAAGGAUGGUGCAUCAUAA